CCUCAGUCUGCGCGACUCCUCGCGCCACAGAGGUACGGCUGGACCUCGCGCGCUCGCCCCUCUGUUUCUCCCGUUUACGUGCGUCGACUUUCGCUUCAAGUUUGCUGCCGCGUUCUGCGUUCCUCCCCCGCACUUGCUCAAAGGCUCCCCGUUCCUGCCAGCGACCGCGUUGUGUUCAAGGGCAGCUUCAAACAUUGCAACAAGUCGCAGUUCAUCCGCGGCGACAGUCAACAAGAUGAUCUUCAUACUGCUUCUCGUCGCGCUGGUGAUGCUGCUGUGAUGUCCUGCUCCACGACCAGGACAGCGGCCGUCUUCUGAAUGGCACCCAGCUUGUCCUUGAUCGGGCCGUGCCUGCCUUAAGCCUGCCCCCGCGACUCCAGGCCUGCAGGCCCCGUCGCAGGGCACGCCGCCGCGGCAGGCCGUGGAGAUUUCAAGUCGGGUGGAGGAUGGGAAAGUUAGGUUAGGUCUGGCCUGAAUGUAGCACACGGGCUGCCUGACACAAAUACGUACUGCUCGGCGCGCCGAGCCGCUCGCAAGGACCGCGGGGCAGGAGCAGCGCGAGCAGCGGCGAUGCUUUCCACGGAACUUGUUUGAGUGCGGAGGGAAGAGCGCCGAAUGCACGAAUGUCCGCACGAACGCUCGCACGAACCGGCCGUCAUUCCCCGAUGUCGAGGCCCUCGACGACAAGACCGUCCAGAUCGGCGAGAUCGGGCCCUCUCCACACGCCCCUCCAGACGCCUCUCCAGCGCCCCGCGACGGCCUAUUCAUAAGGCCCCUCGCCGCCGGAGCGCUGUCUCGUCGAGGAACCUGCCUCCCGCCGAGGCGCUCCAGCGUCCUCCAGGACCUAGAGUCCAGGACCCUCCAGCAGCAGCACCUGCAGCACCCCGCCAGGCCCAGCCAAGAAUGUCUGCAGGAGUAUGACGAGCGACACCGCCUCGCUGCUCGGCAGGCAGCGACAUGCCGCGACGAGGCUCGACGGCCGCAAGUGGGUGGUGCUGCCGCACGCCCUGCAGCGCGUCGGCGCGCUGGGGCUGCUGCUGGCGUGCUCGCUGUGCCUGCUGCUGCUCGCCGUCUCGCACCGCCUCGUCACCUCCAACGCCCUGGAGCGCACGCCCUUCCUGGCCAUCGGCCGCACCAUCCAGAGCUGGUCGAGCGCGGAGCUGGAGGCGUGGGCGGGCGCGAACCGCUCCCUGGACAUGGAGGGCGUGAUCCAGCAGCAGAGGCUCGUCAUCGCCGAGGAGAUGUCGGGGUACCGGUACCCGGCCGGCAAGAACAACGUCAGCGCCAGGGCCCUGAGCGACCUGGUGCCCGAGCUGGGCGGCCAGCCCGUGCGCUCCGUCAUCGUGACGACGUGGCGGUCGGGCUCCACGUUCCUGGGCGACGUGCUGCACGCGCACCCCGCCAACUUCUACCACUACGAGCCGCUGCUGCACCUCGACAUCGUGCAGGUCCGCGGCGAGCCGCUGGCGCACGGCGCCGUCGGUACGCUGCGCGACCUGCUGCACUGCAACUACACCAACCAGAAGGAGUACCUCGACUACGGGCCGGACCACACGUGGCUGUUCUCGCACAACACGCGCCUCUGGGACGCCUGCCAGCGCAGACCCGACCUCUGCUGGCGGCCACGGUUCCUCAACGCGUUCUGCAGGCUGUUCCCCUUCCAGUCCAUGAAGGUGGUGCGUCUCCGACUGCGGCUCAUGGAGGAGCUCCUCGCCGACCCCAGCCUCAACAUACGCGUGGCCCUCCUGGUGCGCGACCCGCGAGGCACCCUCCAGAGCCGCCUGCACAGGGACUGGUGCCCGGGCAAGCCAGACUGCUCCGACCCAAAGCACCUCUGCAAAGACCUGGUGUCUGACUACAGUGCAGCUGUACGCCUAUCCAAAUUGUACCCUGGAAGAUUCAGGGCCAUGAGAUACGAGGAUUUAUCUGUAGAGCCAUACAAGAAAGUGCAAGAGCUGUUUGAUUUGUUUGGGCUUGACUUCCACCCUGCCGUGCAGGAGUUCCUUGACACCCACACUAAAGUUGAUGUUGGUGGAGUGUCUUCAACAUAUCGAAAUUCCAAGUCUGCACCAUUUCAUUGGCGGCAGGAUUUAAGUCAUGAUAGGGUCCAUAAAAUACAGCAUGAUUGUCGCGAGGCCAUGAAGAUCUGGGGCUAUCUUCCCGCUAUGAGCAUAAGGCACCAACGAGAGUUCAACCCGCUGGGUAAUUACUCUUUGCACUGAGCCGUGCAUUUUAGCUGAACACAGCCUUUAAUUUUUUUUGAUACAACUGUUUCUUGGCUUUUAUGUUUGGAUCUGUUUGGAUCAUCUUUUAUUAGUUAUUAUUUUAAAAUUCUUUUAUAAGUAUAAAGUGUACUGUCCUCAUGGAAUCCAGACAUACAUUAAAUGUCUUACUGUACAAUAAAUUGUGUGAUCUAAUUUUAUUAUUAUAGUUUGAAAGGUUGAUGUACAUUUUGUACUGUGGUGAUUGAUUUCAAGUCACAUUUGGCUUAUAAUAUUUUGCCAAUCCAUUGCUGCAAAGCACCAAAGCUGACUUAUUACUGUACUAGAUUUUGUUUCUACUAGAACUGUUUAAGACAUUUUGUUACUGAUUUGUUGUGAUAGGUGCUCAUAUUAAUAUUUAUGUAUAUGUUUAGAAUUUUGUAACAUGCAGCUCAAAUGUGAGACAAAGCACAAAGCUAAUCAUUAUCAUUCCAAGCACUAUGUUUUAUAAUUCGUGAACUAUGACACUGUUAACUUUCAUGGGUUCUCAAAUGACAAAAAAUAUAUUCUGAGUACAUUACAAUAGCUUAUUUUAUUAAUUGUUGUAGUGUUGUUUUGUAAAGCAUGUGCUUUGUUUAAUUAGAGCAAUUUGUGAGAACUGUUUGAGUACUAGCUACAAGUGCAAUAACUGUUACUUUAAUGGGGAACUUCUGUGAUCAUAUUUUGAUAAAAAUAUUUAUUGCUGUUAAGAUUUAUGUACUGUAGUGUUAAAAAGCGCACAAAAUAUGCAACUGUGCAAUAUUUUUUUGCACAAUAUUUAUUCCAGAGGGGCUUGCUUGAUUGGGGAUGAACACUGAGUUGAAUUUUCAAUGUGACUUAAAACAAAGCUUACUUAUAGUUGUUAUCGUCAAGAAACUUAGCCAGCAUUACUCAAAAAUCAAAACUCAGAUAUAUGGAUUUUGCCCGACUUCAUAGUAAAAUGGUAAUUCAAUGUGAAGCUGUUAUUGCUAAAUCUUCUAAUGAAGACACAUUGUGGACAGGGUAACUUUGUACAAUUGUUGUGUGUUUUAAUCAUAAAUUGACCAUACCUUUUAAAAGAACAGAGGGACCAGAACCUCAUUUUUUGGAAAGGGCCACUGUGUCAGUGCUGGCUGGGCACUGUCUAUAUGGACAGCAGGAUCGUACCGUAUUUGCCUCCAUUUUGGAUAAAGAGCACUGAUGUAAUAACAUCUAGAAAAAAUUAAUUUGCUACAUCCCUUCACUGUAUUUUUAUACCAUUAUUGGGAUGUGAAAUAGGCACUUAAAAUUCUAUUACAAAAACCAUCAAUGCUCACUUAAUUGGUUUUCCAUAAGGAAAAUUACUGUUACUUACUUUGUUAUAUUGUUGAUAAGAAAACAACAAAAGGUCUUGUCUUUCUUUAAAUUAAGGGUCGAGUGAAUAAAUAUUGUAAAUAAAUUACCUUGUAUCAAGGUGACUGCACUGCAUCUGAAUGUAAUGCUAAUUAAUAUUUUCCACUUUGAAACAAGCUUCUUUGCUGACCUUUCUUUUUGUACUCCAUUCUAAUCCUGUCAUCCUUGUGGUUCUCAAUACUGUUUUGCAGAUGGAGGUCAGUGUACUGUUCUUCCAUUUCUUUAUAGUAGCUUAGUCUGUCAAUCCUUUCCCAUUAUGGUUGUUUUUCUUUAUCAUUUAAAAAUUGAAAUGCUCACCCACACUGCUUUAGUCUUUCAGAAAACUUAAAAGUAGUAAUUUGUUUGAGACUUAAUUUGCGGUGCUCUUUUUCUCUCUCUCUCUUUCUCUCCAUGAGAAGAACGUAUGUGUCAGGGCUUAGUUCCAUGUUCAAACCACUGACACAUUCAUAGAGUUGUUAGUGUAUAGAUCAUUAUGUAAAAUGUAGCUUCCACAGGAGCACACAUUAUUUCUGCUAAGACCUUUUGUGAUCAAAAAGCGAUUCAAUAUUAUUCCUGGAUAUUGAUAAGGAGUGACCAAUGUACCAUUCAUAUCAGAUAUUUUUUUCACACCUGAAAGUUUGUUAUGUAAAGUUGGAAGGAAUAUUGAAGAAAUUUUGGAAAUAAUGGACCAAGUUAUUACAUUUUUGAUGUUUUAUGCAUGGAGCUGUGGAGUUUCUGGGAAUGGUAUGUGACAUUCUGUGUGCCAUGUCACAAAAAUAAAAGAAUGAGUGGAAAAGCAAAACAA